GUUACGAAAAGUGGACAUACCACGGGGAAGCAGAAUCUAGUGCCACUAAUGUAAUGAACGACCAUGAUGACGCUGAUGAUGAUACUGAAAUAGACGAGAUGAUUCCAAUAGUGGAUGACUUCCUUCAGCCGUCAUUCGAAAUGGAUGAUAAUCCAGAUGCAAAUCAAUGGCGCGACGAAUUAUUUGAAGAAAUUGAGGCCGAGUUGUAUCCUGGUUGUGAUUGGAUAUCUUCUCUUAACUUUUUGGCAAAGUUAUUGCAUUUGAAAGUUAGGGGAAAGAUUCCUAACAACAUAUUUGAUGAAUUACUGAAGUGAUUAAAAUUUGCUUUUCCAAAGGAAAAUAAAAUUCCAUCAAACUAUUAUGAUGCCAAGAAAAAAUUGAAAAAAUUAGGAUUGGGGUAUGAGUCUAUUCAUGUGUGCAAGCACAAUUGCUGUUUAUUUUACAAUGAACAUGCAAAUGAAGAUUCAUGUCCAGUCUGUGGCACUAGUAGAUGGAUAACUUCAGAAAAUUUAGGAGCAAAAAAGGUGCCUCAUAAGGUGAUGCGUUACUUUCCAUUAAUUCCGCGACUGAAGAGAUUGUAUACUUCAAGGCAUACGGCUAAAUACAUGGUAUGGCACCACAGUGGUAAAUCAAAAGAUGAGGGUGUGAUGCGACACCCUGUGGAUGGUGCAGCGUGGAAGGACUUUGAUGCCAAACACCCUGAUUUUGCUAGUGAACCUCGAAAUGUUCGUCUCGGUUUAGCUGCUGAUGGCUUUAAUCCAUUUGGCAAUAUGAGCCAAGCUUAUAGUAUGUGGCCUGUAGUUUUGGCGAACUAUAAUCUUCCACCUUGGUUAUGUAUGAAAGAUAAUAAUUUUAUGUUGACCAUUCUAAUUCUUGGAGAUAAAUCACCCGGAAUGGACAUAGACAUAUUUUUAAGACCCUUGGUGGAUGAGUUGAAGGAGUUGUGGGUUAACGGAGUAGAUACGAGAGAUUGUCGAACCAACACUGUCUUCAAGUUGCGUGCAGCUCUUUUGUGGACAGUGAAUGAUUUUCCUGCUCGUAGUUAUUUGUCUGGUUGGAGUGGUCAGGGAUAUAAAGCUUGUCCUACUUGCAAUGAAGAUACAUCUUCUAUUCGAGUAAUUGGUAAGACAUCUUACGUGGGUCAUAGAAGAUUUCUGCCAAAUAACCAUCGAAUGAGAAGGGAUACUCAAUUUGACGGAAAAAUUGAGAGAAGACCUCCUCCAAAACGUUUUACUUGUGAAGAAGUAUUAGAACAAGUAAACAAACUCCCACCCCACCUCCCUGGAAAUCAUGAGCUCUUUGGUGGUGUGAAACGUAGGCGAGUUGCAGAAAAUCAUAAUUGGCGGAAAAAAAAGCAUCUUCUACGAGCUUGACUAUUGGUGUUCAAAUAUUCUUAAACACAAUAUUGAUGUCAUGCAUGUUGAGAAGAAUGUUUGUGAUAGUUUAUUGGGCACAAUAUUGGACAAUGAGAAAUCCAAGGACACUACCAAUGCAAGACAUGAUUUAAAGAAGCUAGGCGUCAGAGAAUCGUUGUGGAUUUAUGAAGACGAGAGGGGGAAGUUGUUGAAACCUCAUGCACCUUACGUGCUUAAACCUGAUGACAGGAUCCAAUUUUGUAAAUUUAUUAAGGAUGUGAAAUUUCCCGAUGGCUUUUGUUCGAAUUUGAAAAAAAAAGUAAAUGAAAAUUUAACAAAUGUCAUCGGAUUGAAGUCACACGACUGCCAUGUAAUAAUGCAACGAUUACUGUCUGUUGGUGUUCGCAAGUUUCUCCCGAACGCUAUAUCGACCACCAUCUCUGAACUGUGCAACUUUUUCAGGCAAAUUUGUUCAAGGACUAUAAAUGUUAAAGACAUGGAGGUUGCUCAACAAGAUCUUAUUUUAAUCUUGUGUAAAAUGGAGUCCAUAUUUCCUCCUGCAUUUUUUGACAUUAUGAUUCAUUUGGUCCUUCAUUUGCCUGAAGAAGCAAUUUUGGGUGGACCUGUUUUUAUGAGGUGGAUGUAUCCAUUUGAAAGAUACAUGAAAAAAUUGAAGAACUACGUAGGAAAUAAAGCACGUCCUGAAGGGUCGAUAGCAGAAAGUUACGUGAUUGAUGAGGCUUUGACAUUUUGUUCAAUGUAUUUCAAGGGGGUUGAAACAAGGUUUAACCGUCUUGAUCGUAAUGAAGAUGAGGUUGUCCCACGUAAGCUUUCUGUGUUUCAAUCUCAAUGUCGACCCAUCACAAAAGGCAAUCUCCGGCCACUUGAUCGCGCAUCUCGUGAACAAGUAAAGUGUGAACACUUGGAAGUGAUUCGACAAAAUUACCCGAAUGGAGAUCAUAAUGUCCUACACAAAAAAUAUUUUCGUCCGUGGUUUCAUAAGAAGAUAUAUGACUUGCACAAGUCUGGAUCAUUAGACAAUGGCAAAGAGUUGCUAGCUUUAGUAUCCGGGUCUGAUCACUUAGGCACUUACUAUGAAGGUUGUAUUGUGAAUGGAGUUCGAUUUAUGGCUACCAAAAGAGAUGAGAAGAGGAGCACACAAAAUAGUGGAGUAUUUGUGGCAGGAACAGAAGGUUUUAAUUAUUACGGCACACUCACUGAAGUGCUAAAGUUAACCUUCACUGGUGUUUACUCUGUCACAUUAUUUAAGUGCAAGUGGUACAAUACAAAUCCAAGACGGAAGAAAACAAUCGUCGAGAACCUUAUCACUAGUAUUAAUGUCAGUGGUGUAUGGUAUAAAGAUGACCCAUACAUACUUGCUAGUCAAGCAAAGCAAGUGUUUUAUCUCGAUGAUUUAUGGAGAGGGAAAAAUUGGAAAAUAGUUGAGAAUGUAAAUCACCGACAAAUUUGGGAUAUCGUGGAUGAUGAUCCUAACGUCGAAAUUGAUUUGGUACACGACACCAACUCCUCCAAUUUUGUGUUAACAGUUGAUCUUGGGGAGUUAAUUUUGCUACCUAAUCAACCUCCUAUAGACAUUGGCACUGAACCUAGUUCGCCUGUCAACGAAGAUGACCGCAACGUGGACGACGAAGAUGCUACUGAAGAAUCUGACGAAGAAAUUUUAGUUGACCUUUGUGAAGAUGAUGUGAAUGAUCAUUUAGUUAAUAAUGAUAGUGAUAUGGAUGAUUAA